GGCAAUUUCUUUAAUUUUUUAUGAGAAAACUAUGAAAUACUUAUCUGGUGAGACAAGUAAGUAUAACGACAACUGUAUCCAGGUUCAAGUCUCAACGUUGUUUCAACUUUCGAGUCUUAUAACAUGUAUUUUAUAGGAAAUUUCAAAUUAUUGAUAAAUUAAUACAUUAAGUUUUAAAUUGUUUAACAAUUAUGGCUAUGCAGUGUCAAUUAUGGAUGGGCAGUCUGGAGCCGAACAUGACGGAAAGUUUUAUAUUAGCAGCUUUUCACCGAAUGGGGCAGCGGCCGUUGGCUGUUAAAGUUAUGAGAAACAAAUUUACCGGAGAACCGGCGGGAUAUGCUUUUGUACAUUUUCAGACUGAUGAAGAGGCUAUAGAUACAAUGCACAAAUUAAAUGGUAAACCUAUACCUGGCACAUUUCCUGUGGUAAGAUUCAGACUCAACACAGCAUCAAGAGAGGCAAGAGCUAAUAUGCAACAGGAAAGAGAAUUUUCUGUGUGGGUCGGAGACCUUAGUGCAGAUGUUGAUGAUUACUCAUUGUAUAGGGUGUUUGCCGCCAAAUACUCUUCUAUAAAAACAGCUAAGGUUAUACUUGAUAGUUCCGGUUAUACAAAAGGUUAUGGAUUUGUGCGUUUUGGUAAUGAAGAUGAACAAAGAAAUGCACUCUAUGCUAUGAACGGCUACACGGGAUUAGGUUCAAAGCCACUAAAAAUUUGUACCGCUGUACCUAAACCUAAAGGUGCUGUCACAACUCAGAGCCCUACUCCAGCAACAGCAACGGCAACAUAUAGCAGUAGCACAGACUACAGUCAUUAUUACGAUCCAUCAGCGUACUGGCAGAACUAUUCCGCUUGGUCGGGAUAUUAUGGACAGGAUGCCAGCGCUGUGGUACAGGAAGCGGCUCCAGCUGUUAAAGCCCAGGUCGAUGAACUGGCUUUGAUAGAUCACAAGAAAGUACUGGAUGUUGAUCAGAUGAACCAGGAGUUUCUCGAUACAGAUUUAUCUUUAUGGGAUUCCCUAGAAGCAUCACAAUGGUUCCCUCAUGAAAUCAUAGAAGCCUCUUAGAAAUUUAGUUAUUAUAAAUAAAUGUAUGAUAUUUUGCGACUUCCCCUAUAUACUGAACCCUAGAUGUAAGGAAUAUGGAUAAGCAAAUAAAUUGCAGAAUAAAGGUAAACGAAUUUUGUAAAAA